AUGCCGCAUUGGGGCCUUAUUAUCGGGCUAUUGGUGCAGCUUUACGCUGUAAGUUGCCAAGGAGCUUCGUCCACGGACACAACACUGAGCGCGUGCGACUACGCGGCGGAGAAUCUCUACGUCGUGAACUCAUCGGCGGCUCCUGGGGCGCUGUUCCCUACUGGAUACGUGGAGUGUGUGAACGCUACGGGGAGUGACCAAGACCUUUGUGCAGUGUGUUCAUGCCGAGAGAAGAAGGUGACGUCUGUGGCGGGUGUGACGGUGGCCUGGGUCGUCUGCGUCGGAUCGGGAGAGGCCACGACGUGUGCAAGCAGCGCAGGAUCCGAGCAAGAGUUCUGCGGCAGUUCGUACUCGCAAGACAGCUCGAGUUCAUCGUCCGCGGGGCGUAGCGUCAAUGUCGGCGACUCCUCUUCCAGUUCAAACUCUGACGUUGGUGAUGCAGGAGUCAGACCGUCAUCGAGGUCAUUCAGCUCCAGUUCAAGUGCUGAUGCCAGCGUCGACGUCGGCAGCAGCAGUAGCUUCGACACGGCCUCCAGCUCCGUUGAGGCAAGCUUCAGCUCCGACGAGGAGGGCAUCACUUUGACCCCGACCGAGAGCCUCACACUCUCCCCAGAGGAGUCUCACUCCGAGGCGACGAACGAGGACAACGUGAUCACCAACAUAGCAGGAACGACGGAUCCCUCGCAAACUAGCGCUGCUACUGCCUCUCAAGAAGAAAACAUCAUCCGACCGUCAAACAGUCAUGGCUCCACUCAGCUCGAGACCAACACGGGCACAUCGGCCAGCUCGGGCUGGUCUGGCAAGCGGUUGGCGGUGAUCGUCUCCGUCAUGUGCGGUGUUGCGGCUAUAGCAGCGAUCGCAGUGUUCGUGGCUGUACGCAAUGAUCGAGCCAGGAAGAGGAAGAAGCUCGGCACCCCCUCCGGGGAAUUCACGGACGACGGAUCCUCCGUAGCGACGCCAGUGACGUCGAGACUCGAUGGAAGGUACCGUCGUCACGGCCACAGCCGACACUACGGAGGCUCCAGUGCAAGGUUCGACUCGAGUGACAACACGCCGCUGGCUUCGAUCGUCGUGCUCGACGAGGACGACGACUUCGACGCUCCAGCUUCGAGGACCCAGUACCGGUCGCGUGAAGCUCGAGGACGGAAGAUGUCCGGUGCCUACGUGCGUUCUGAGAGCGCCAAGGCUGGAGAUAGCAGCGUGAGGUUCGACAACUCUCAGUCGAGUGCUGCAGUCGCGGCUCCUGCCGUGUUCAAUGCGUCUCACGGUCCGUCGGUGUCCGAGCUGCGUUCGCCCAGUCACAACCCGAUCUUCGACACCUCCAACACCCAAGUGAGCUUCUCGUCCAGCAUGAGCUCCCAGUACGACAGUCCGCCGAGUCCGCGCGUGUACGAGUCGGAGGACAUCGAGAGCGACUCCUACCGACUGGUGUCUGCGACGUACAGCGAUUCUUCUGUACGAGACUCGGACGCCUCGACGAUCCCCCGAGAGCGCUACACGACGAAUGACAUUGCCGAGGAGGAAGACGCCGCGCUCAACACGGUCGUGAGCUUCGCCUCGAGCUUCUCCAGCCUCAACAGCACCGAGUACGAACUGCGCAGCACAGAGGCCAGCGAGUUCAUGCACGACUCGGAACUCCCCUCCAGAUCGGCGCUGUCGCUUGACGUGGGCUCCAUGUAUUGA